UUACAAUAUUUAAUUUAAGCUAUAAGCCUAUAAUCCUUCUUUACAAUUAUGAAGUUGUUUCAAGCGUACCUGCAUUUACUCCUUUUUCUUUCAUUAACAACAACAUCAAUUGCAAUUCCAAAGUAUGCCAAGCCAGAGUGCACUGAUAGGUGCGGGAGCGUGACCAUUCCAUACCCUUUUGGAAUUGGUGAGCGUUGUUCUGUCAAUCCAUGGUACACCAUUGAUUGCAAAAACAACGCAACGCCAUAUCUAUCUAAACUCAACAACCUUGAAGUCUUGGGUGUAAACCUAAGUAAUCUAACGGUCAUUGUUAACAUACCAAGGGUCUCUUACUGCCAAAAACCAGUUUGGAACAUCAGUGAGAUUAUGGGCGUCCAUCUUGAUGGAAGCCCCUUCUUGUUUUCCAAAUUAAACAAUAAAUUUGUUUUUGAGGGGUGUGGUAAUGCUAUAAUGGUGAUGGAUAAUGGGAGUGUGCUAACCGGGUGUUCAACGACUUGUCGUAGCGACACACUUAGCAACGGAAACCACUGUUUUGGAAUCGGUUGUUGCCAAACCACAAUUCCUGAUCGUUUCAAGUCGUACAGCAUUAACCUCACCGACUUGGAAAUGCAAGGUGAAAAUGGAGAUUGUGGGUCUGCUGCCUUGGUAGAUAAAACUUCAUAUGACGAAGGAAGGGUUUCUGUCAGGAAUAGCUCUUCCAUUCCAGUAUCACUUGUGUGGACUCUAACAUCAAAAGACUUCGAUCAUAUAACUUGUUGUCAUAACCGAACCGAGAUCAAGCGAAAAGUGGUUCAUUUUAACGGUACCGCAUUGGAUACUUGGACGUGCUAUCAACGAUCAGUAGCAGACAACCCUUAUUUAAUAGAUGGGUGCGAGGAAUAUGAUUGUAGAAACUGCACAAAUAGAGGAGGUUACUGUAACUAUGACUACAUAUAUGACGUUGAUGGUUCACUUUUCAGCUUGGACUUCAGUUGUGUUGGUGAAAAAACGAAACAAAGCAAAAGGACAAUGUCCCUGGGUGUAAUUCUAGGUGUUAGCAUAAGCAUGGGUGUAGUUUUUAUUGUUGCACUCGGUUACGUGUUGCACAAAGUGAUCAAUAAAACAAAAGAAAGGAGGCAAAGAAAGAGAUUUUUUAAACGCAAUGGUGGUUUACUUCUAAGACAACUAGAAGAAACUGAUCCAUCUUUAGUUGAUAAAACCAUACUUUUCGCAUCCCGUGAGUUGCAGAAGGCCACUAACAACUUUAAUGAAAAUAGAAUUCUUGGCAGGGGAGGUCAAGGUACAGUCUAUAAAGGCAUGCUGAUGGAUGGAAGGAUUGUGGCAGUUAAAAGAUCAAAAAUAGUUGACGAAAGCCAGUUAAAGCAAUUUAUCAACGAGAUGGUCAUUCUUUCCCAAGUCAAUCAUAGAAAUGUGGUCAAACUAUUGGGAUGCUGCUUAGAGACAGACAUCCCUCUCCUCGUUUCUGAGUUCAUCCCAAAUGGUACCUUAUAUGAUCGGCUUCACAAUAGAAAUGAGGAGUUCCCACUUUCUUUUAACAUGAGACUACAAAUUGCUACCGAGGUUGCAGGAGCACUUGUUUACUUACAUUCAGCAACUUCCAUUCCAAUAUACCACCGAGACAUCAAAACUACUAAUAUACUUUUGGAUGAUAAAUAUAGAGCCAAAGUUUCUGAUUUUGGGACUUCAAGGUUUGUCUCAAUUGAGCAAACUCAUUUAACUACCUUUGUCAAAGGUACGUUUGGUUACCUUGAUCCUGAGUAUUUUCAAUCAAGUCAAUUCACUGAAAAAAGUGAUGUUUAUAGUUUUGGGGUUGUUUUGGUGGAGCUGUUAACCGGAGAAAGGCCAAUUUCUUUAACUAGAUUUGGUGAAAAUAUAAGUUUGGUUACACACUUUGUGUUAGCUAUGGAAGAAGGGCAUGUUAUGUCUAUUUUUGAUGCAGUGGUGAUUAAAGAGAGUACUGUGGAUGAGCUUAAGAUUGUAGCUAACCUAGCAAUGCGAUGCUUAAAUUUGAAUGGAAAGUAUAGACCAACAAUGAAAGAAGUAUUUAUAGAGUUAGAAACCAUGCGAACAUCACACAUUCCUUCUAUGAUUCAAACAAAUCCGAGUCAUGUGGUGUAUGGGGAGGAAUUAUCGAUGCUAACUUAUGGCGAAGCAUCAUCGACAUUCUUGAGUUACAAUAACAGCAUAAGUCAAUGAUUUAAAAUUUUUUUAUCGAUGUUAAUUUAUUGUAAUAAAUUUAGGUUGUCAUAGCAUUGCAGUUUAUGUAAUAGAAAUAUAGAAUUAUGUUUAUGUGAUGUUCGAUCGAUGUUGUUAAUUUAUUGUAAUAAAUUUAAAUUGACAUAGCGUUGCAGUUGAUGUAACAGAAAUAUAGAAUUAUGUUUAUGUGA